AAUACCAUAGGAUUUCAUUGUUGUUUGAACCACUUUUUCGUGCAAUUGCAGUUCAAGCUUUGCAAAGUCCGCAAUAUCCAGUUUGGCAAGAAAGGCAUUCCUUACCUGAACACUUAUGAUGGCAGGACCAUUCGUUACCCUGACCCUCUCAUCAAGGCCAAUGACACAAUUAAACUCGACCUUGAGAGCAACAAGAUUACUGAUUUCAUCAAGUUCGAUGUAGGUAAUGUUGUUAUGGUGACUGGCGGUAGGAAUAGAGGGCGUGUUGGUAUUCUCAAGAACCGUGAGAAGCAUAAGGGAAGCUUUGAGACUGUCCAUAUCCAGGAUGCAACUGGGCAUGAGUUUGCCACUCGAUUGGGCAAUGUCUACACCAUUGGAAAAGGUACCAAGCCGUGGGUAUCUCUACCAAAGGGUAAGGGUAUUAAGCUAUCUAUCAUCGAGGAGGCCAAGAAGAGGAUUAGUGCCCAAGCUGCCACAGCUUAGAGAGAUACUUACCUCCUUGAUGAUUGGAGUAGUUUUUAGCUCUUGUAUUUUGUUGAUCGGCGCUUUUCUGAGAUUUAGACAUUCCUAUCGAGUUGGCCUUGAAAAACAUAGCAUUAAGUUGCUUUAGUUGGAUUUCUGAAUUUCGGAUCUAUUUUAUUAAUGAAAAGUAUCAAAUUUUGGUUGCA